AUGGCUCUGUUCAGGGGUUUCUUCGAUCAUCCACCGGAAAGUAGAGAGGGGGGUGAGCUCCUACUCCAACUACAGCAGGGUGGCCAGAUCGCUGCGGAGUACCCACUCACUGUCCGGACAGUGGAAGCAACCAGAGGAUGGAAUGAGCCGGCGCUCUACACCCUAUUCAGAUGGGGACUGCACGAAGAGGUCCAGACAGAGUUGGCCUGCCAAGACGACACCUUCUCCUUGGAUGCAUUCAUCACGAUGGCCAGCCGUCUGGAUAACCUCCUUUGGGAGCGUCAACACCUCCAUCGCCUCUCUCCUUCCUCCAUUGACCAUUCUGAGUCAGAGCCUAAACCAAUGGAGGUAGGGGCAUACGCCUCCCUGCGGCUGAGUGACACCAUCGGAGACAGCUUUUGGACUGUCCCUAUUACGGUCAGGAGGGGCACCAGCUUCAACGGUGUCCGAGUCCUGUGGUUGCCCUUCAGCCCAACAUCCCAGAGGUAUACCAAGACCUGCGGGAGGUUUUCUCCAAGACCCGUGCCAUCUGUUUCCGUCCUCAUUGCCCCUUGGGACUGUGCCGUUGAUCUGCAUGCAAGCUCUGCGCCUCCGUGCAGCCGCAUCUACCCUCUGUCAGUGGCUGAAACCAAGGCUAUGGAGGAAUACAUCCAUGAGGCUCCAUCAGGGUUUCAUUCGCAGUCCUUCUUUUUCAUGGCCAAGAAGGAUGGAGGGUUAUGCCCAUGCAUUGAUUACAGAGGUCUGAAUUCCAUCACCACAAGGUACCGCUACUAUCUCCCAUUGGUGCUGGCCACGUUCGAACAACUCUUUACCAAAUUGGACCUGCGGAGUGCCUACAAUCUUAUAUGCAUUCAGGAGGAUGAAUGGAAAACGGCUUUCAGCACAAUGUCUGGUCACUACGAGUACUUUGUGAUGCCUUAUGGAUUAGCCAAUGCUCCGUCAGUGUUCCAGGCAUUAGUCAACGAGGUGUUCUGGGGCAUGCUCGGAAACCAGGUGGUCAUGUAUAUCGAUGACAUCCUGGUCUACUCGGCUAACUUGGAGGAUCACAUCGCUCAAGUCCAAGUAGUCCAGGAACGCUCCUGGCCAACCAUCUUUUUAUCCCUCUUUCUGGUCUCCCUGCCUCUCUCCGGGUUGCUGCGGGACUGUUCCAGCAGGUCUUCCAGCAAUGACAUUCCGGAGGACAUCAUCUCCGACCGUGGCCCCCAAUUCACGUUAAGGGUAUGGAAAGCCUUCAUGGAGAAGCUGGGGAUCAUGGUCAGCCUCACUUCUGGGUACCGGCCUCCAUCUAAAGGGCAGGUGGAGAGGAUGAACCAGAAGCUGGGGAGGAUCCUGAGGAGUCACUGCCAGGACCGUGUGUUCUGGGAUACGCCAGCCCUGGCUCCAUGGACCCUGAGCCAGAUCAAAGCUCCUGUGGUGAAUGAGCUGGUGGUUCCUUGUCCCCUGGCUGAUGCAGUCCUCCAUAACACCCCUUCACCUCCCCUGGACAUCGAGGGGAGCCCCGCAUAUGCCUUCAGAUCCCUCCUGGACUCCCAACGUCAUGGGGGCCGACUCCAGUACUUGGUGGACUGGGAGGAGUACGGAGUGAAUGCCUCACACAAUGACCAGGUCUGCAGCACAUGGGGUAACUAUCACUUCAAGACCUUUGACGGGUACUUUUUCCAGCUCCCCUCUACCUGCAACCAUGUUGUGACCUCACUGUGUAAGAGCAGCUAUGAGCCUUUCAACAUCCAGAUGAGGCGGCAGGUGGUGGACAACCAGCCCACCAUUAGCAAGAUCACCAUGAAGCUGGAUGGUGUAGUGGUGGAGCUAUCCAAGGGUGUUGUUGUGGUCAAUGGGCAGACGGUGACCCUGCCGGUCAGCUUGUCUGGAGUCAGCAUCGUGAAGACUACAUCCAAUUUGAAGGUCGUAGCCAAACUGGGGCUGGUUGCUGUUUGGAACAAGGAUGACUCCCUAAUGAUUGAAAUGAACGAGAAGUACAGAAACCAGACCUGCGGACUGUGUGGUGACUUCAAUGAAGUCCAAACAUACAAUGAGUUCAUCAUCAAUGGUGGGAAACUCUCUAGCUCUGACUAUGGAAACCUCUGGAAACUGGAUGGUCCUCUGGAAGUCUGUGAGGAGCCUACACUAACUUCCGAUGAGAGUUGUGGAGAUGAGGAAUUUUGUCAGCAGCUAUUCUCCAGUGCAGCUUUCAGUAGCUGCACUAAUUAUUUGGACAUGGACGCCUUCAUCAAGACCUGCCUUGCUGACCUGUGCCACUGUGAUAACAGCACCAACUCCUUCUGCCUGUGCAACACUAUCUCAGAGUACUCCCGUCAGUGUGUUCAUGCAGGGGGGAAGCCCCAACAAUGGAGGACUGAACAGUUCUGCUAUAGGACAUGCCCCGACAACAUGGAGUACCAGGAGUGUGGAAACCCCUGUGUUGACACCUGCUCCAACCCAGAGGCCAGACAGUUGUGUGAAGACCACUGUACAGGCGGCUGCUUCUGUCCUCUAGGUACUGUUUUCGAUGAUGUCAACAACAGUGGCUGUAUUCCAGUGAGCGAAUGCCUCUGUGUCCACAAUGGACAAUUAUACAAAUCUGGAGAAUCUUACACCAGCAACUGUAAAGAAUGCACCUGUGCUGGUGGUCAGUGGGCCUGCACAGACAAGGACUGUCCUGGGACCUGCUCUGUGGAGGGAGGAUCCCACAUCAACACCUAUGAUGGGAAAGCCUACACCUUUCACGGGGGCUGCUCUUACAUUCUGACCAAGCAAUGCAAUGGAACUGAAUUCACCGUGCUGGGAGACCUUGUGAAGUGUGGGUUGACUAACACUGAGACGUGUAUGAGGGCUGUUACCCUUGCCCUCUCCAGCAGAUCCACCGUGAUCCGAGUCCAGUCAUGUGGAAGUGUUUUUGUAAAUCAGAUUCUUUCUCAGGUGCCACUCUAUACAGCUGAAGUGACCAUCUUCAAGCCCUCCUCAUUCUACAUUGUUAUCCAGACAACUCUUGGAGUUCAACUUCAGAUCCAGCUUUCACCAGUUAUGCAGAUCUACAUAACUGCCAUCUCAUCCUACAAAGGAACAACCUGUGGCCUUUGCGGAAACUACAAUAAUGUUCAGGCAGAUGAUUUCAGAGUCAUCAGUGGAUUGGUGGAGGGCACAGCUGUAGCUUUUGCCAACACAUGGAAGACCAUGUCUAGCUGCACUGAUGUCAAGACUAGCUUUGAAAACCCCUGCAGUUUGAGCAUUGAAAAUGAGAAAUAUGCCCAGCACUGGUGUUCCAUGUUAUCAGAUCCUAAAGGAGUGUUCUCACCUUGCCAUUCUGAAAUAAGACCUGACACCUACAAAACCAAUUGCAUGUAUGACAGCUGUAACUGUGAGAAAAGUGAGGACUGCAUGUGUGCUGCCGUCUCCUCUUAUGUCCACGCUUGUGCUGCCGAGGGUAUCCAGCUCACUGGCUGGAGAGACACUAUCUGCAAUACAUUUGCCACUUGCCCCAGUCAAACAGUUUAUACCUACAACAUGACCAGCUGUGGACGCACCUGCCGCUCCCUGAGCAUGACAGACCAAUCUUGCCAGGUGGAGUUUGUUCCAGUGGACGGAUGUGGCUGUGCAGAGGGCACCUACAUGGACGAGGCUGGCCAGUGUGUUGCCCCCACCAACUGUCCCUGCUAUGACAAGGGCUCGGUGGUCCCUGCAGGAGAGACUAUCAGCAGAGACGGUGCCACCUGCACUUGCAGACAAGGGACACUGAGUUGCACUGGGGAAGCAAGACUAUUUAUAUGCACGCUGCCAAUGGUUUUCUUCAACUGCUCAACUGCACCUCCAGGAGCUUCAGGUUCAGAGUGUCAAAAGAGCUGCAAAACUCUGGACAUGACCUGUAUUAGCACAGAGUGCACAUCAGGUUGUUUGUGCCCCAACGGACUGGUGUCUGAUGGAAAUGGAGACUGCAUCAAGGAGGAACUUUGUCCUUGUGCUCACAAUGGAGCUACUUACCAAGCUGGAGAGACCCUUAAGGUUGACUGCAAUACAUGUACUUGCAAGGACAGACAAUGGCAGUGUACCACAAAUCUCUGUGAUGGAGUUUGUGCAAUCUAUGGAGAGGGUCACUAUAUCACUUUUGAUGAGAAAAGGUUCAACUUUAAUGGAAACUGUGAAUACACUCUCAUUCAGGACUACUGUGGCAAUACUAAUGGCAGUGGCAGCUUCAGAGUCCUCACUGAGAACGUUCCUUGUGGAACUAAAGGCACCACCUGCUCCAAGACCAUCAAGCUCUUCCUGGGGACCAGUGAGCUCAUACUGGCAGAUGGGAACGCUCAAGUUGUCAGGAGUACUCCAGAAGAGCAGUUUCCUAAACAGAUCAGCCUUCUGGGGAAUUAUCUGGUCAUUGAAGUCAAAAGUGGUCUAAUCCUCAUGUGGGACAAGAAGACCAGUCUCUUUAUCAAGCUUAGCCCACAAUACCAGGGGCUGGUGUGUGGUCUGUGUGGAAACUAUGAUGGCAACGCAAACAAUGACUUCACCACUAGAGCCCAAGCGACUGUUGUUGAUCCGGUGGAAUUUGGAAACAGCUGGAAAGUUUCAUCAAGCUGUCCAAGUGUAUCCGCUGUAGCGCACCCAUGUGCCUCCAACCCGUACAGAGCGUCUUGGGCCCAGAAACAGUGCAGCAUCAUUAACAGUGAUGUUUUCACAGCCUGCCAGAACCAGGUGGACCCCUCUCCUUACUACGAUGCUUGUGUGAGAGACUCAUGUGCUUGUGACAGUGGUGGAGACUGUGAGUGCUUCUGUACUGCAGUGGCAGCUUAUGCAAAGGCCUGUAAUGAAGCUGGAGCAUGCGUAGCCUGGAGAACCCCUCGAAUUUGCCCACUGUUCUGUGAUUACUACAACCCUACUGGAGAAUGUGAGUGGCACUACAAGGCAUGUGGAGCUCAGUGUAUGAAGACCUGCAGAAACCCUUCCGGAGACUGUUCUAGUUUAAUUCCAGCAUUGGAAGGCUGCUAUCCUAACUGUCCUGCGACACAACCUUACUUCAAUGAGGAGACAAUGAAGUGUGUGGAGAGGGAACAAUGUGGCUGUUAUGACUAUGAAGGAAACCAGUACACCAAUGGACAAAAUCUUCCGGCACAAAAUUGUGAAACAUGCACCUGCACAAUGACUGGAGUGAGCUGUAGUUAUAAUGUAAAUGAUUGUACAUGCUUGCAUAAUGGUAAACAACACCCAUAUGGAGAAACCCUCUACAAUACAACAGAUGGGAUUGGUAACUGCAUAGUUGCUGUUUGUGCCUCGAACGGAACCAUUACCAGGAACAUUUCGCCUUGUAAAGUGACCACAACUCCAGUACCAACCACAACAUCCCCUCUGACCACAACAACUGUCCAUGCAACUACAACACAGACCUCUACAACAACACUAAAGCCCACAACUGUCUUCCACUUCUCAACACCUGAACCAACAUCAACAUCAACAUGGACGUCAACAACAAUGGAGACCACAACAACUACGGUACCCUCAACAAGUGGAGAAGAAUCUACAUCGACCACAGCUGAAACUUCAACAAAGGAAGAAACAACAACUGAGAACAUCGCAUCCACAAAGCCACCUAAAGAAGUCCCCACGGGCCCAACAACCACUUCCACCACUGGAAUUGUUGAAACCUCUACUUCAACAUCACAACCCACAGCAACAGGUGAAGAAACAACAGGGCCAGUUGUCAUAACUUCCAAUCCCACUACAUUAACAACAACUACAAUUGCACCCACAACAACGACACCUACCACGGGUGGAACUACAAGAAUUGAAGAAACCACAUCUGAGUCAAUUUCAACUACUUCCACAAAGCCACCUAAAGAAGUCCCCACGGGCCCAACAACCACUUCCACCACUGUAAAUGUUGAAACCUCUACUUCAACAUCACAGCCCACAACAACAGGUGAAGAAACAACAGGGCCAGUUGUCAGAACU